AUGAGUUCCAGCUGCGAUGAUGUCUAUCGAAUGAUGAACGAAAGAUCAGCCCGUUUUCACCCGAAGCGAAGGAGGAUAUCUCGUAGACUGCGUCAACCUGAACGUCGUAUCAAAGCCAAAAAGCUGCAGUACAACGCGAUUCAGCUGUCGUCUUCUGGUGAGGUCAACCAACGAGUCUCUUCUUCAUGCACCUUCAUAGGAAAUGAAGAUCUCCCCAACAAUAUUAGAAUCAGUCCAACAAUCGGUAUCUAA